CCGAGGAGCUGUCUCCGCUACGCGUGGUGCUGAAAGUACCACUCGCCACAUCAUGUGGUCCGUCUUCUUUGUCUUUCUGUCUUAUCUAGACAGAAAUGUCGUCAAAGGCGACUUUCUGAGCCGCGCACUGCACGCAGAAAAGGAGAGCAAGGAGAUGUUCUCCAUGAUCAACGGUACCUUCUGCGCAAAAAUGUCCAUCAUAGGGGAUCAUUUCCUCUAUCAGGUGUCAGACGGAGCCGAGGUAGUGCGCACCGUGGUCAGUCCCGCGGGGAAGCUCGUGAACUGCUCUGUCACAGUGAACCAGAUGCAGGUGAAAUCUUUCAUGCAUGAGUGCAGGUUGGGGCUGAAGGAGCAGGGAGCCGCUUGGCAGAUGGAAACGCAUUUUGCGCGUAUGGAUCAGGCCAAGAUGAUGUGUCGGGAGUUUAAGGAGAGAUCGGCGCGCAGUAGCAGGCUGAGAAGGGAUGACAGCGAGGUUCUGAAAAGGUCCAAAAGAGGCUUCACUUACCCUGGCACUCUGUGGUGUGGUGCAGGUAACAUGGCGGAUGAUUAUAAUCAGCUGGGAGAGUUUGCAGACACUGACAGCUGCUGCCGCAUUCAUGACCACUGUCCUCAAGUCAUCCACGCAUUCUCCUCAAACUACGGAUACACCAAUUUCAAGUGGCACUCCAUUUGUCAUUGUGACUGUGAUAACGCGUUAAAAGCCUGUCUGAGGCAAGUCAAUGACACAUCCUCCAGAGUUGUUGGCCAGGCAUUUUUCAAUGUCAUAGGUGUUCCCUGCUUUGAGUUUGCCUAUGAGGAGCAGUGUGCCGAGCGGCACUGGUAUGGUCUGUGUAAACGAUAUGAGAAGCUGCCCAUUGCUGUGUUGAAGGAAGCAGUUCCAUAUGACUUUGGAGGCAUUGAUGUCAUUGAUGAGCUCCCGAUUGCUCCGUCUAAGCAAAAAGAUUCCAAGAAAAGCAAUGAGGGGGAGAAACCUGAGAGUUCAACUCAGGCUACAGGGUUAGGCCCUGAAGAGCCUUCACUUAGAAAUGUUGUCACUGCAGCUGAAGACUUCAUCAAGGUACUUGCUACUGUCUCCACAUCUCAAAGCUCAACAGCCGACUCAGGUAAAGAUGAGGCACAAAGCUCAGAGAAAAAGAAGAAGAAGAACACGGGGAAGAAAAAGAAAAUCAACAAAAAGCAAAAAGGAAAAAGAAAGGGGAGGAAGAGAAAGCAGAAAGCAGAGACAGGUGUGAAAACAGAGGAAGGAGCUGCAGUUUCACCCUCUGGCAGCAAAGCAGAAGAAGUCUUGGCUUUAAGUAAUUUCAUCAGCAAGUCACACAGAUAUAACCGGCCAAGUAUAAACACAAACAGAGUUGAUGACAGCGAAUAUGAGCUCAGAGUAAAAGAUGAGCCCUCCAAUGACAUCAUGAAAGAUGAACCAGCCAUAGAUAAAGAAACAGUCUCCUCCAUGACACUUUCAACAGUCCAGAAGAAGCCAGUAGAGUCGGACACUGCGGUGCUGAAAGAGGAAAUAACUCUUUCAACAAGCACAGAGACUGCUGUUCCACAAAAAGUAAAAACCAAAGGAAAAAGAAAGGGGAGAAGGAAAAAGAGCAAUAAAACUCUUUCUUCUGAAGACCUUGCAACAAACACUUCAGAAAAUUUAAAUGUUGUUACUAGUCCCACCAUUACAACUUCACAGCCCGAGCAACAAAGCUUCACUGAACAGCAACUCUUUGACAGUUCUACCAGUGCCCCCAUUGUAAUCCCAAAAGCCCAAAGGAUCAGGUCAAAGGGUAGACGAGACAGAGAGGGGAGGAAGAAAAGGAGGAAACUCAGCUCUGCUGCUCCCACAGUGCCUGCUGACCACCAAAAUUCCUCUGUGGACAGCCUGAAAGUAGUCCCUUUCACCGGUACUCCCACCAUACAGUCGGUCCCAACCACAGAGCUGCAGCUUUCACACAGACCGGAUAUUUACAGAGAAAGAAUCCAAGUUACAGCUCUCAGCUCCACUGUAAGUGUUCUGAAAAGGCAAAGGUUAAAAGACAGAAGACUGAGAAACAGAAGGAGAAAAACAGCUGUGUCUCCCUCAAGUGAAAACCCACUUUUUUCUCACAGCAGCGCUGAAAACAUGCCCACUGCUCUUACAACGCCAGACACUUAUGUUGCACUCAACCACCUUGCAAGCACUGCUGAAAUACAACAAACACAAUGGAGGCUUUUUACAACAGCCACCCCUACUGUCAGUGAAAAAUUCCAUCGGCAGCCAACCAGGCAGCAGAGGAAAGCAAGAAAAAAAGCUGCUGCUCUCAGAGACGUGGUUCCUGUCCCUAAACAAACAGAGCCAGUGACACUUGCAACCUCACCAUUCAAUGCUGUUGCAAUUGAAGAGCUCGGGUCUGAAAACCCUCUGAUAACUAUGUCAGCAGCACCCAUCAUUAGUCCACUUCAAUUAUCCAUUGAGAAAGCAAAAGCACAAUUUAACAGGAAGAAAAGAAUGAAAAGUGUGCAGUCUAAGAGGCAUUCAUGAGCUAUGAGAUGCAGGCACAGCAGGACUAGGCUAGAAAUUCAUGACCCUUAGCAGACAAGCUUCUGGUAAUCAAAGAAACAAACUUUAUGUAUGAUAUUAAAACGUUUAUCAUAUUUGAUUGUUUCAUGAAAAUCAUGUUUUGUAUUAUCUUGCCCUGCAUGUUAGUAAUAAAAUUUCUGAAUGAUU